CGCCCGCGUCCAGCCGGCCUCCCUCAUUGUCCUCCCUCGCCCCGGCCUCGUGGCGCGGGGAGGCGUUCCAUACUCGUUUCCCCUUGGCCUUUGCCUCGUCCGCUGCCCUCCACCCACUCCCCCUGCCCCCAGGCUCCACACCCACCCGGUCUGUGCGGCCUGCUAGUCCGCGGGUGCCACGUGUUCAGGCUGCCAGCCCCGCCCAAACGCACCCCUCAGCCUGGCCGCCAGCCUGACCCAGAACCCCUGCGCCGGAGGGAGGGUGGGAAUGUCUGCACGUGGGUCUGGGUGUGAGCUGCUUGGGAGCCUGGAUGUAUGGCUGUGGAAGUCCAGGAGCAGUGGCUUUGUUUGUGAGUGUGGGACUUCGUGUGUUACUGUCACCCGGGUGUGUCUGUGACUGUAGUUCUCUGUGUGUCUGAGUGUGGGUGACCAGCUGAGACCAGGGUGUCCCUGUGAUUCUGUGUGCCUGUGAGACUCGCCCUGCUCCCUGAAGCACUGCCAGAAGUGGCUGCCGCUCUCUUGGAACCACAGCUGGAGCCAUCGCCCAGGCAAGACCCCCUUCCUGCCAUGCCCAGUGCUGUGCCCGUCUCCAGGCCCAAGCAUCCCGUUCCGGGAAUCAGAACCAGCUGUGCUGGGCAGGACCCAGAGUCUUGGUCCCAGUCCCAAGGGGCUGGCUUUGAGGUCUUAAGUGAGGGGUGUCCUCUGCCCUGCCCCGUAUUUUGACGUUUUGCUCCAGUGGGAAGGGAUUCUGUAAGCAUCCAGUCUGUAUUUGGGCCCCCCGGAUGCUGAGAGCAACUUCCCAGCCUGGUCCCAGUUGGCCUGGCCUGCUUGCCUCUGGGAUCUGAAUGACCAAACCAUUUCCCACCAUGGCUCCUGGAAGCACUAAAUGAAGUCAUGAGUAUAAAGUGCUCCUGCAUGGCCAGCAGCCGGAUGCCCGGGCCCACUGGGCGGGCCAGUGGCCGCCUGCGGGAUGAGCAGACUGCUGGGGGGGACGCUGGAGCGCGUCUGCAAGGCUGUGCUCCUUCUCUGCCUGCUGCACUUCCUCGUGGCCGUCAUCCUCUACUUUGACGUCUACGCCCAGCACCUGGCCUUCUUCAGCCGCUUCAGUGCCCGAGGCCCUGCCCGUGCCCUCCACCCAGCUGCCAGCAGCAGCAGCAGCAGCAACUGCUCCCGGCCCAACGCCACCGUCUCUAGCUCCGGGAUCCCUGAGGUCCCCAGUGCCCGGCCCGGUCCCACGGCUCCCAUGCUGCCACCCUGUCCUGACUCGCCACCUGGUCUUGUGGGCAGACUGCUGAUCGAGUUUACCUCACCCAUGCCCCUGGAGCGGGUGCAGAGGGAGAACCCAGGCGUGCUCAUGGGCGGCCGAUACACGCCGCCCGACUGCACCCCAGCCCAGACGGUGGCGGUCAUCAUCCCCUUUAGACACCGGGAACACCACCUGCGCUACUGGCUCCACUAUCUACACCCCAUCUUGAGGCGGCAGCGGCUGCGCUACGGCGUCUAUGUCAUCAACCAGCAUGGUGAAGACACCUUCAACCGGGCCAAGCUGCUCAACGUGGGCUUCCUAGAGGCGCUGAAGGAGGAUGCCGCCUAUGACUGCUUCAUCUUCAGCGAUGUGGACCUGGUCCCCAUGGAUGACCGCAACCUAUACCGCUGCGGCGACCAACCCCGCCACUUCGCCAUUGCCAUGGACAAGUUUGGCUUCCGGCUGCCCUAUGCUGGCUACUUCGGAGGUGUGUCAGGCCUGAGUAAGGCUCAGUUUCUGAGAAUCAAUGGCUUCCCCAACGAGUACUGGGGCUGGGGUGGUGAGGAUGAUGACAUCUUCAACCGGAUCUCCCUGACUGGGAUGAAGAUCUCACGCCCAGACAUCCGAAUCGGCCGCUACCGCAUGAUCAAGCACGACCGCGACAAGCAUAACGAACCCAACCCUCAGAGGUUUACCAAGAUUCAAAACACAAAGCUGACCAUGAAGCGGGACGGCAUUGGGUCAGUGCGGUACCAGGUCUUGGAGGUGUCUCGGCAACCACUCUUCACCAAUAUCACAGUGGACAUUGGGCGGCCCCCGUCGUGGCCCCCUCGGGGCUGACACUAAUGGACAGAGGCUCUCGGUGCCGAAGAUUGCCUGCCAGAGGACUGACCACAGCCUGGCUGGCAGCUGCUCUGUGGAGGACCUCCAGGACUGAGACUGUGGGCUCUGUUUUCCGAGGGUCUUCACUAGGCCCCCUAGCUACACCUGGAAGUUUCAGAACCCACUUUGGGGGGCCUCCUGCCUGGGCAGGCUCUUCAAGUGUGGCCCUCUUUGGAGUCAACCCUCCUUCCCGACCCCCUCCCCCUAGCCCAGCCCCAGUCACUGUCAGGGUCAGGCCAGCCCCUGCACUGCCUCGCAGAGUGGCCUGGGCUAGGUCACUCCACCUCUCUGUGCCUCAGUUUCCCCCCCCUUGAGUCCCCUAGGGCCUGGAAGGGUGGCAGGUAUGUCUAGGGGGCAGUGUCUCUUCCAGGGGGAAUUCUCAGCUCUUGGGAACCCCCUUGCUCCCAGGGGAGGGGAAACCUUUUUCAUUCAACAUUGUAGGGGGCAAGCUUUGGUGCGCCCCCUGCUGAGGAGCAGCCCCAGGAGGGGACCAGAGGGGUUGCUGUGUCGCUGCCUGGGAUCUUGGGGUUGGCCUUUGCAUGGGAGGCAGGUGGGGCUUGGAUCAGUAAGUCUGGUUCCCGCCUCCCUGUCUGAGAGAGGAGGCAGGAGCCCCAGGGCCGGCUUGUGUUUGUACAUUGCACAGAAACUUGUGUGGGUGCUUUAGUAAAAAACGUGAAUGGA